AUGCUGCGCCUAAUUAACCACCGCCAUAUUGGAUCGGUCGGACGCCGAUGCUUCUCCGCUUCUAGUAAUGCCGUUGGCUUCAUCGGUCUGGGCAAUAUGGGCUUCCCGAUGGCGCACAAUUUGCUGAAGGCUGGAGUGGACGUGCUGUGCUUCGAUACCAACCGUGCCAACAUUGAUCGGCUCGUAGUACUCGGUGCGAAACCUGCUGCUUCUGUAGAGGAGGUUGCCGCCCAGACGAACACGAUCUUCUCCGUACUACCUAGGGACGAAAUCAUCAGGAGCGUCGCACUCGGAGACAAAGGCAAGCAUGGAUCGGGUCUGCUGGCCACCAUGACACCUGGGGCGCUACACGUCGGUUGCUCUACGAUCCACCCGAACACGUCACGCUCACUUGAUGUUAAGCAUCGUGAGGCGAAGACGAAGUAUGUUGCAGCUCCCAUUUUUGCGCGUCCCGACGGGAUGGAAGCUAUGCAAGCGAACUUCGUCGUGUCGGGCUCCGAUGCCGCUGCCGUGGAACAGGCGUCUCAAUGGCUGCACAAGUGCACGAAUGGACGAGUGGCAUCAUUCAGCACGGAAGAUUCUGGCGCAGCGAAUGCUGUAAAGCUGUCCGGGAACUUCCUUAUCGCCUCAGCUAUCGAGUCUAUGGCUGAGGCCUUGUCACUACUGGAAGCGAACGGCGUGGACCGCGUUCAGGCGAUGCAGUUCUACAGCAGCACGUUCAUGAACUCGGUCAUCCACAAGGGGUACGGCCAGCGUGUAUCUGAGCGUGACCACCAUCCUGGUGGUUUUGCACUGGAGUUGGGCUAUAAGGACCAGCGAUUGGCUCACCAAUUGGCCAUGGAAUCACAAGUACCGAUGCCAUUCCUGUCCACCCUCAUCGACCGCUUCUUGAGUGAGCGCGCAAAGGGCCGCAGCGAUCUCGACUGGUCUGCAAUUGGUCUCGGAGUCUGCGAGUCACGCGGCGUCGACGUCUCGGAAGCUGUUGAUCGCUCUCGCGCAGGACAAGCGCCGCCUCCGCAUAAAUUACCGUAG